AUGUCCAGACAGCCAGGUAGCAUACAAUCGCCAUAUUCUUACUCGCACCAGCAUCAGCUGUCUCGCUCGGCUUAUCCUACAUUUCUCUCUUUACAAGAAACGAUCAAGCUGCAAUUAACAUGGGCAUGCAGUGGUAUUCUUGAUGCCUUUCGGUGGGAUAUCGUUGUGAAGACUGCUACAAGCGACCGUGAAAUUCGCUCAAAUAUUCUCAAGUCCUUACUACUCAAUUCGUUGUCCUUAACCUCUAUCUACGGGUUCGACUUGCUUCUACAACCUCUCGUGCAUAACCACCCAAGCUGGCUUCACCGCAAUGUUGGAUGGUUCUAUCGUGUCCUUUGGCUGUUCCCAGUCGUUGGAGUAUCAUACUAUCUUAAUAGUUCCUGGUGUAAUCUUAUCGCGAAACGGUCCUUUGUCCUUCAGCAUGGGAACCGUGGAUCACAUCAGCAGCCAGUUACUUAUCACGGUAUGCUGACUAUGCUCGCAACGUCUGCAUACCGUGCUGUAAUGAUCCUUACUUCUGUCAUCGUGUCGCUGGCAUUGGGUUCAAUACCAUUUGUUGGAUCGUGGAUUAGUUUUGCAUUUAUGUGCUGGGUUAAUGCAUAUUAUUGCUUUGAGUUUGUCUGGGUGGCGCGUAAUUCGUCCUUGGCCCAAAGAGUGCGUCAUCUAGAAGAGCGAUGGGCAUACUAUUUCGCGUUUGGCUUUCCAUCCGCUGUGAUAUGUACGUGUGGAAGUGGACUGGCGAACGCCGCAUUUUUCGCACUUAUGUUCCCUGCCUUCAUCAUCAUGGCCAUGCACGCACGGCCCGUUCCACAGGAUCCUUACAAUCCUGCACCCUCCACGGAGCCUACGAACACUGUGCGAUUUCCCUCGCCACUCAUUCCGAUUAGGAUGCCGGUCUUUACCAUUGUCAUUUGGUUGAAUGAUCUCAUCGUUAGAGUGCUAAGUGUCGGUGGCAGCGCUGGUGUUCGACACCACAGAACGACAAGCGACACUACCGAACAGGCAGAGGAAGGGACAGGUGUUGAAUUAAGACACAUCGGUCGUACAGCGAGAGGGCCUUCCCAUGCUGUUCAAGCAAGGAGUGUUGGAGCAAGACUACCGAGUAAUGGAAAGGCGCCUAUUUCUGGGAGACGAAAGAAGGACUGA